AUGUGGCUGUACGUUUUGAAAGAUUCACAAAAACUAGCACUGAAAACGGUAAAUGGGCAAGUUUUCCAGGGAAGAGCUGGGUUUGUGCAGGCUGGCAGCAAUCGUGCCCAAGACUGUGCAAGGGAACCUUUGUUUAAGUAUGUCAAUGAAGAACGUUUAAAAAGCAUAAAGACAUACGAAGGUGAGAUUCCUGAUGAAGAUGACCAGGUAUUGAGCCUGCAGUUCAGCUGGAAGGAACUAGUGAAGCCAAUUGGAAGUAGUUUUAUUGGCGUUAGCCCAGAAUUUGAGUUUGCAGUCUAUACUGUUGUCUUCUUGAUGUCUAAUGAGAAGGUCACAAGGGCUGUGGUGCGGGUAGAAGAAUACGAGCUUGAGCUAGUUGUGUACCGACAUGGGAAGUACAUUGGAACUUCCUACCCUGUGCUUCUGAGCACCAACAAUGAAGAUCUUUAUUAAAGCAUGCCAGCUUCACAAGAGGAAAACGUCAGUCUGUAGCAUUGGUAGUGUUAGCCACAAAUGUGUGAUAGAUACCUCCAUUUUCAUUUAUACCUGUAAAUUUGUUUAGAAAGAAAUGAAAAGUAUAUUAUGUCUGCUAGUUGCCAGAAUUUUAUGUCUGCUAGUUGCCAAAGUGCCUUAUGAAACAUGUACAAGAUUCCUACCCUACCAACCCUUAAGUCCAAGUGUUGUUUCCAAGCCAGUUGUAUUGACCCUGUUUUCUUUAGAAAUUAUUAGACAUUUAUGAAAAUGUGUCAUUGGAAUUAAAUUUUGCCCCAAGUAAGCUUUCAAAAAUUGUCAUAUCUGGGAAGCAUUUUAACUUCAUUGCUGUCUUAAGGUGGCAACUUGCCAGAGUCGUACCAAGAUAUUGAAAACAAGCAGACCUUUGCCAAGUCUACUUUGUCAUAUCGGGGGAACAUUUUAACUUCAAUGCUGUCUUAAAGUAGUGUCAUGUUUAUCAGUGUCCUUCCAAGAUGUGGAAAACAGAGCUUUGCUGAGUCACUGUAAAGUCUGCUGUCCUGAUCCUAUUCUUUGGCACGGAAUUACCCUGAUAUAGAGAGUUCUUUUUGUUCCACAAGUUUAUGGUUAGCAUUGGCAUGGAAGCAGUAUUGUCCUACUGUCAUUGCUUCAGCCACACUGUACUUCUCGCAUUUGGCCCCACCCUGGGUCUGUUAUUCACUAGUUUGCCUUUUAUGGUUAUGAAGUAUGGAGGAGUACUGUAGUAUCAUUAGCAAAAUCAAGAUCUUUUAAUGGUCUAAAUUACAUCUUAAUUCCAGAAGAUGUGCCACUUGUUGAUUUUCUCAUGAUAAAGUCCUCGGCAGUCAGACAUUGAAGUGGCGGUGUGCAGUCUUGUCUGCCUUUAACACCAAUGAUGAUGUGAAGUUUAUUUAAGACAACACCAGUCCUGGCAAAGCCUUUAAGUACACUUUUAUUAAGGGUUUGUUUUGUUUAGGCUUUUAAGAAUACCUUCUUGAUUCCUUGACCUGCUGUAGACUAUGCCCUCCCUGGCUGUAGCAGAUUAAUAUGAGUGUUGAAGUAGUUUCUUGAAGGUUGCAACAUUUCUUCUUUCCUAGACCUUGAAAUCCAAUUUUGUCUGGUGUACUUUUUUACAUUGUUAGCACACAUGCGCACCACUGAAGAAAAACAAAAGGCCGUAUAAAUGGUUUCAUUGAAGAAAAACAAAAGAUCGUAUAAAUGGUUUCAUAUGUUCCAUGAUAAAAACAUUUAAUGAAAACCCAGAACUUUACUUGUAAUCUGACAGUUCACUUCAGUGAGUGUUUUUCUAAGGGAAGGGAGUUAGUUGGCCAGCAUUAGGAAAUUUGCCCUUUUCCCCACUGUAGUGCGAUCUGCAAGUUUGUAUGUAUAAGUAGAAACAUACAAAUUGACCUGCACUCUGUUCAGGAGUGGCACUGUCAUCUGUAGUUUGCUUGGCAGACUUGCUCCAAAUUUGUGUGAGGUUAUAAAUGCCCUUCUCAGGGAACACGGCAGAGAAGGAUAUAAGGGUUAAUUUUUCUUUGUCUUGUUUACCCUGUAGCUUUUCAGCGUGUGAUUUAGAGAACAUCUGAAGUUCAUCUUGAGAAACAGAUCAUAAUACGAGACAACAGAAUAUCUGAGGUUGAUUGCUGUUAAGUCUCCAUAUGUGGUUAGCUUUGUUCAUGUUGCUGUUUGUGUUGCUUGGUGCAUACAUAAGCAUGUUUUGAUACCAUUCAGAACUUUGUGAUUCGGCAUAUAUUGCUGUUGGGCAAUUCUGUGGUCUGACAUAAGUGUUAGUUUGAUGGUUGGCAUUUCUGUUAUUUCAUAUCUAACUAUGUAUUAAAAAAAAUCCAGAUUACUUUUAGGUGUUCACAUUCGAGUAACUGAAUUUUUGACAACAGUGCAGUGUUUCAUAAAAUAACACAUUUUAUCUAAUAUAUGGCAUUGUGAAGAAGUCUGCUCUUGUUAAAAGGGUUUUUUUUUAAUGUUUGUAUGUUUGGAAGCCUGUAGUUUCUCUGUUUUUAAAGUGAAUGUCUGAAAGUUGAUGGAUUUCUCAUUAAGCUGUUGAAAAUUCUGUUUUGUAUGUGGUAUUCUGUGUAAAAGUCCCAGCAACAAAAGGCAGACAUCUGUUCUGUCUGGCUGUGUAAUGUGUUAUUACUGCUGCAUUCAUUUUUGAGUAGUGUUGGUUGUUUCCUUUCCCCAUUAACUUUUUAGUUCUUAAUGUCAAACAAAAAAGUUAUGCAUUUCCAUUUUUCUUGAUUAUUUACCAGAUACAUAUGUGCAUUUGUGUUUGUUGAAAACUAGAGAAUUUGCCUAUGAUCUAGUUAUGGCAGCUAAUAAUUCAUGUUGCUCUAAGUUGAGGUGUAUGUAAUUCUGAAGUCUGUUUUUGUUCUUUUGCUAGCACUGUGUGAUAGCAUUGCUUAUUGAAAUCAGAAGUCUAGUUGUUAAACUCAUUUUUCUUACUUUAUGAAUAACUGUUUCCUUAGAAGCAUUUGAUAACUAGAAAAUAUUUGGUAUUGAAUCUUAGCUUUGAUGAACUGGGUAGUAUUAACAGAACUUUGUACUUUUUACUCUGUGAACCAUUCAAACCCUGUGGUUUUACUUAAUAUUGUUUUUAAUUUGAAAUCCUUCGGAUGAGAUGUUAAGCCGAGGUGCUGAUAGCUCAGGUGGAUGUAAAAGAUCUCAUGAGACAUGGAGAGUAGGGGAAAGUCCCCAAUACCCUAGCCAGAUUUCCGGUAGUAGUACAAGUACCACUGUGCAUCUCCCCUGAAAAGAGGCUACUAGCCUAGUAGGAAUAGCCAAUCAACAAAGAAUAGAUGAAGUUGCUGGCAGUUUGAGUCAUAAUGUUGUCCGCAUUAAGCUUAAUUUAUGCUGUGUACUUAUGAAAGCAGGUGCCUUAUUGCAAAUUAUAUCAUUCACAAAAGUGCAGCUUUAUGAAAAGAAUUGCCCGUUUUAAUGAUUUUAAUAUUCAUUUUUUUGUUUUUAUUAAAAUGACUUGGCACAGUACCAUAAACACAAGAGUCAAGGCUCUUGAGAUGAUCUCGUUGAAAUGCAUUUUCAUUUUAACAUCAUGAUGUAUUCUGUUUUUCUUAGCUGUAAAGCACUGAUUUGGGGAUAUUUGAGAAUAAAGAUAUUUUACAUUGAAA